UUUUUUGUCUAGUAGAAAUGUGUUUGAACUUGAGAGCGCGACGCAUUUCUACUUCUGUUCAAUCGAGAAGAAAUUGUUAGAGUAACUUAUUUAUUUUUCUGAAACUGGGGGAUGUUUAAUUAGUUAAUUUCAUCCCUCUGUGUGUUUUAUUUCCAAGAGUCAGAGCGAGAACGUGAAUGAAGAUGGAAGAUCCAAGCAAACAACCUCCCUCAUUCGGCAGUGGAGCUCAGCGAAGUCCCCAUCCCAGACCUUUCUUCUUUGUUCAACCACCUUCUCAGCCUUAUUAUCUCUACCAGCCCUGGCAGCUUCCAAACCCAUACAGCCACUAUGGGCUACAUGCAGGUUUUAACCUUGGCCGUCCCAAUCUGCACCCUUACCCCUAUGUGCCGUACCCUGGUUUUGUUUUACCACACGCUCCGCUGUAUCCCAUGGAUUACCGGCGGAUGUUUGAACCUAGGUUUCAGCCGUCUGCCUGGGGCGAGGUGCCUCGCCAGCAGUACUAUCCACAGCCUCAGGGGCGUCGGGACACCGCUUGUUCGGGGGCCCAGACCGACCCUAGCGACGCCAUCAGCAAACUGAUCGAGUGCUUGGAUAAAAUCCGAGCCACGGAGCUUCAGAGCGCAGACCGAGAGCUGGACUCUGGUGUUGCCUCUCAAUCCUCUGGUGUCUUUUCUCCCCUGGAGGAAAAGAAAACUGAAGAGCAGGACCACCCACUGCCUAAGGAGCCCAAUCAUGGCUUUUUGGCGUCUCCAGGUCUGACCUUAAGCGACUCUGCUGCGGUGGUAUACGACAGCGAGGCCAGCCACGUUAAUUUGGACUCUCUAAGCCCUCAGGGAGAAUGGACGGGCAGACUGGAGGAGGAGCUGCCUCUCGACAGCUCUUCUGUCCACGAGGAAUGUCCCUAUCAGUUGGCACCAGGCGAACACUUUACCCCGCGUAAAACGGAAGAGGUCACGGAUAUUCAAUCAAAUAUCUUGAUGACCGACUCAAGUGUUCCUCGUUGUGAUACCGAGAAGGACCAGAAGUCUGUGUCUUCACUCUCGGAGGCUAGAAACGGUGAUGAACCCUCAAAGGCUGACGAUGCAACAACCUGCUGCGGUCAAACAAAAGCAGAUAAAAGCUACCAGAUCCUCAAGCUACCGUUCGACGAUGUUCUUACCCCCGAAGCAGCCAAUCUCUCGUCCCCGGCUGCGCCUUACUACUACAACUACCUCCCCAUGCAAACCACGCACGAGCGCAUGAGCGUCCUCAGUCCGUCCUUGGAUGAGCUCUCUUCAAGGGAUGAAAUGUUUUCCACAGAUCUGGACGACGCGGAUCUCUUCCCAAAGCACGUGUACCCCGGCAGGAGGCUUUCGCCAGUCGUUGGCGGAUCCCCGCCGGCUCCAGACGACGAAGACGAGGACGACGCGUGGUUGCCGAAGUCAAAGAGGGUCGUCUGCUGCGCUUGUUGUGGUAAAAAUCUGGAAAAAGGGACGAGCAGGAGCAAGGGCUACAGCUCCAAGGUGUAUUGUGACGAAGAGGGGGACUCUGAAGACGAGGGCGGAUAUGGGAGAGGGUGCGAGAAACCAAUUAGAGUGGUUGUCAGGAAGCAUUCUGCUCCCAGGAAGUCUCAAACGGUCCAAAGACAUUGGUACAAGAAGGCCCAGUACAAACAGCUGGCAGACCCCACGAAGCAGGACUGUCAUGAAGUCUGUCAGCAGCAGGCGGCUGAAGCAGAAAUGGACGAGCUGGACAGCAAGGAGCUGCAGUGUAGAACGUGCCAGGACGGACUCUGCAGAGCGGACAUGCCCACAGUAGGCCAGGGCCGAUGGACCGAUGGAGAUGUGAUUCCCCGUAGAAGACAUGCUGCCCCUCUGCAACGACAAGAAAUGAGCCCUCAGUGGAAACUGAUGUACCACAGGCCUAGAGAUGAUCAGGAAGAAGAUGAUGAGGUGCAUCCAUUCAAUUGGGAAAGAGGCUCCACAGUGAGAGGAGAAUCAAGGUGUUGACGUUUUCCCUGACUGAGUUUUGAACAAAACGCAUUGAACUGUCCCCCCUAAAGGUGUAAAGGUUGAGGGAUAAAGAUUUUGGAGCACCAGGUGAAACGCACCUCACAAGAAGCAUAGUUCUAUAAAAGAAAAAAAAAAA